AUGCCGCCCCGAACCUGCUUUCCGACGUCCCUCCCCGCACGCAGCAGCAGCAGCAGCAGCCGCGGCCGCGUAGCCCAGCGGACGUUCUGCCUCUCCGGCCCGCCACCUCGCCAACCAGCCUCGUCGCGCAUAUACCCGAGCAGCCCUCGCCCGCCGCCCGGCAUGGCCGGCUCCGCGCCCGCUAACCUCGCAAAGACCGCCGGCCCUCACCCCCGGGCAAUCGGCCGGAAAGCCGCCCCGGCAACCGCCCGCCCCGGACAGGAGCGAUGCCGGGCGCCCCCCUCCCCCGCCUCGGGCGGCGUCCCGACCCCCUCGCCGCUCUACCUCGCGCGGUGCCUCCCCCCGCCCGCGACGCUCUCCUCCCCGCGCCGCGUCCUCGUCAUCCUCGACCUCAACGGCACCCUGCUCUACCGGCCCUCGCGCCGCCACCCCUCCCGCUUCGUGGAGCGCCCCCACGCCCGCCCCUUCCUCAGCUACUGCCUCGACACGUUCCACGUGGCCAUCUGGUCGUCCGCCCGGCCGCACAACGUGCACAGCAUGGUGCGCCAGUUCCUCACGCCCGAGCAGCGCGCCCGGUGCGUCGUCGUCUGGGCCCGCGACCGCCUCGGCCUGUGCGCCGCCGACUACGACGCCCGCGUGCAGGUGUACAAGCGCCUGUCCGUCGUCUGGGCCAGCGACGCCGUGAGGAGGUCCCACCCGGACGCUGCCGCCGGCGGCGCCUGGGACCAGUCCAACACGGUCCUGGUGGACGACUCCCGGGAAAAGGGGCGCAGCGAGCCCUACAACAUACUGCCCGUGCCCGAGUUCUCGGGGCUCGGCACGGAACCCGUCGCCGUGCUGCCCCAGGUCCAUGAUUACCUCAACCGGCUUUGCUAUCAGGCCGACGUGAGUCGGUACAUGCGCCGCACGCCCUUCCAGCUCGAUCCCAACUAUACUCUGCCGCAGGGCCCUUGA